CAUGGAGUCAUCUUUCUCAUUUGGAGUGAUCCUUGCUAUCCUGGCCUCCCUCAUUAUUGCUGUUAAUGCCCUAGUGGCCAUGGCUGUGCUGUCGUUGAUCCACAAGAAUGAUGGUGUCGGUCUGUGCUUCACCUUGAAUCUGGCUGUGGCCGACACCUCGCUUGGCCUGGCCAUCUCUGGCCUAGUCACAGACCAGCUCUCCAGCCCGGCUCGGCCCACACAGAAGACCCUGUGCAGCCUUCGGAUGGCAUUUGUCACUUCUUCUGCAACUGCCUCUGUCCUCACGGUCAUGCUGAUUGCCUUUGACAGGUACCUUGCCAUCAAGCAGCCCCUCCGCUAUUUCCAGAUCAUGAAUGGGCUCAUGGCCGGGGCCUGCAUUGCCGGGCUGUGGUUGGUGUCUUACCUCAUUGGCUUCCUCCCACUCGGGGUCCGCGUAUUCCAGCAGACCGCCUACAAGGGGCCCUGCAGCUUCUUCGCUGUGUUUCACCCGUGCUUCGUGCUCACCCUCUCCUGCGUUGGCUUCUUCCCAGCCCUGCUCCUCUUUGUCUUCUUCUACUGUGACAUGCUCAAGAUUGCUUCCACGCACAGCCAGCAGAUCCGCAAGACAAAGCAGGCGGGAGCCCCGGCCGGGGCUCACCGGCCCCCACGGACCGUCAGUGACUUCAAGGCUGUCCGCACUGUGGCCGUUCUCAUUGGCAGCUUCACUCUGUCCUGGACCCCGUUCCUUAUCACUAGCAUUGUGCAGGUGGCCUGCCAGGAGUGCCACCUCUACCCAGUGCUGGAACGGUACCUGUGGCUGCUUGGUAUGGGCAACUCCCUGCUCAACCCACUCAUCUAUGCCUAUUGGCAGAAGGAGAUACGGCAACAGUUCUCCCAGAUGGCCCUGGGAAUGAAGAAGGGGCUCACCGCAUUCCUCCUCCUUCUCUCGGCCAGGGACGGUGGCCCACAGGGGCCCGGGGAAAGUGCCCGUCACAUCACCACCAUCUCCCACUCAGAGCUUGAUGGCUAAGAUGGUAAGGGCAGACAAGUUUCAAAGUGCCCCUCUCUCCCUUCUCAGAGCCCCAGCU